CUGGUCUUGCGGGAGGUGCCACAGCAGGAAGUCGAGUCGUCGACUUCUGUUGCCCAGUAGAUUCUGGGGUGUCAUUCUUCUCUUGUUGUAAGAUGCUUUUGUACUCGAGUGCUUUUUGUUGUGUUAUCGAGUAUCCUGCCUUGACUCUGUUCUCAAGCAAGCACGGCAACUUGAGAAGAUGGCUGCUCUUGAGCGGUCUUCUCAGGAGCAGUCGCGGAAGGUCAGUCUUCUGGAGGCUCGAGUCGAAGCUUUGGAGCAGGAUAAUUCUGCUCUUAAGGAUAAGGCCUCCAAACUGCAGGAGAAGGUCAAGGCUGCUGCCAAGGAGAAGAAAGAUGCUGUGGAGAAGCUGACCAAGAUCAAGGCUGAUGCUGAUAAGCAAAUGGUCAGCGAUAUGAAGCAGAUCAGAGACUUGGCGGCAGAUAGUGAUCGGAAGGCUCAGCAGCUAGCUGAUCUUGAGGCGGCGGCUCAAGUAGUCAUCGGGAUGGUCGAGGAUGAAGAAGCUGGCGAGAAGAGUCUGCUAGAGCAUCUUCGUGAAGCCCCCCAGCGGCUCGGCAGCUUCUUCUCCGACACUUCUUGGGAUUACUUGGCUCAUGUCUUAGGAUUAGUUAAGUCCUUUCUCCCUUCCGUGAACUUGUCUUUUAUUGGCGAUGGGGUUGCCGUAAGCUGUUCGGAGGAGCGAUUCUCUGAAUAUGUCGCGGAGAUAAAACCCAUCGCUGAUAAGGUUAUCAGCAGCUUGGAGCCAGCGCCAGAGGCUUGAACAGUUGUUGUAAUAUCCUCUUGGCUUUUUGUGUGGGUGUCAGUCCACUUAAGUACUUUUAACAUUGUGAUGUACAAUACUUUUUUUCCUUUUA